UCCACAGUUGAGUCCGGCCUCACCCAGGAUGAGCCAGCCCUUUGUGCAGGUGACCUCACCUGAGGGCAUGUCUACCCCCUACCUGGGACAGCUCAAUGUCAUACUGCAGUGUCGCAGGGAGGCGGGACAGCUGUCAAUCACUGUGGCUCAGGCAGUAGACCUGGCCAUACCAAGCAGUAACCAGGAUGACACCAGUACCUGUACAGUUAACCCGCAUGUCCGAGGCUGGAUCAUGCCGGGACAUAGGGACGGCUUCAAAACACGCCAUGUCAUGGCCACACAGAGUCCUCUCUUCAACCAGACGUUUGUGAUUGACAUGUCGUAUGAGGGCAUGUGUCACAGAUCGGUGGAACUGGCGGUUCUGUCAUACGAGGGUGAACUGAGGAGAAAGUUCCUGGGGCAGACCAGCGUGGUCAUCAGUAAGCUGGAUCUCAGUAAAGAACAAAACAUAUGGCUUCAACUCAGGCCUCCAAAGAAAGAAAAGAGUGAGAUAGGAGAGCUCCUGUUUUCAGUGUGUUACAUGCAGACAGCAAAGCGACUGGUGUUCCAGAUCCUCAGGGCUCAGGACCUCACCAGGCCACCACACCUCAAGGGUCCAAGGAGUACUUACGUCAAAGUGGAGCUGUACUGUGAUGAUGUGAGGAAGGCUAAGAGAAAGACCCAGCCCUGCGUCACCACCACUGAUGACCCCCACUGGGAGGAGCAUCUCUACUUUGACCUGUCCAGAAUGUUGCCCAAGCUGCCCACCAUCUCCUGUACAGUCAAGCUCAUGGAGAAACAGACUAUGCACAGAAAUAUCACUGUAGGAAAGGUAAGCCUUGGGUGGGAGUUUGGUACCACAGAGCUGCAGCAUUGGUCCGAGGUCUUCUGCAAUGCAGGGACAUAUGUGGAGCAGUGGCAUCCUUUGACUUAACUUCUUGGAAACCUUUACACACAUGCACACACAACAUUAAUUUGUAUAUAUUACAAAUCAACUUUAGUAUAUCAGGUAUCAUGUCAUUGAUGUGAUGUUGUAUUGAGAAUGCAGUUAAUAUUUUCAUAUGACCAGUAGGCAUGAAUACAGUAGCAUGCAGUAGGCAAGAAAACAUGCAUACAGUAGCAUGCAGUAAGACUUAAGUGUAAAAUUGAGGAUCAGGGAAAACCACCUACACGAAUUUAGGUGGAUCAUUAAGAGGCAACUACUUAGGGGAAUUACCAACAGAUAUCCUUUUUAUAUCUCUCUUGGGGAUAGAAUUAAUUGAGGUGAAUCCUGACAGUAUCUCAAGUAGAAUUCAAAUAUCGUAGUUGAUCAUACUGUGCACUAUGCUUUCCCUUGGGAAUUGAACAACCAGGUUAACUACACAGAGGGCCGUGAUGUCGCUUGAAACUACAGCGAGUGGGAAGGCUGGCAUAGCGGGUCGGCCUGCUGGCGCCCCAAGCUUUGACGGUGGGUGUGGGAUACGUGCGGUCAUGAUGCUUUAUUAGUGUGUAAAAUAACACAUCUUCAUAGGAAAUAUUCGUAUUCUUUGCGGUGAACAAAGAAAGUAUAAAACCCAGAAUGAUUUGGUAAAUAAUUGUUGGGACCAGUUGGACUUGGGGCGACUCAUCUAAAAAUCUUCUUCCUAGCUGUAUCACGGCCAGAUCAGGUCAGGACUGUAAGCCGACAAUAGGUUACCAGAAAGUUUGAAGGGUGUCUUUAAUCAUUAAGUUUCCAUCCACAAAAUAAAUAAAUGCAAGACUUUCCCUUUG